GUUUCUUCUGAUCCAUUUUCGUUUCAUCGCGAACCGGAAGCAGCGAGAGAGAGGCUGCGGCGGACCGUGACGAGAAGCUUCCACAUUAUCGGGACUUUCCGUGCCGUCUGAAUUGCGAAACGGUCCUGCUGGCAUUACACUAAAGAGGGGACGUUAUCCUUACCAAAGGACGAAUAAAAUUUUCUUAUUGGGUUUAUACUAUUCAAUGAUGGAAGCCUAAACACCUAUAAAGGGGAUGUCCAAAAUGGGGGGAGGGGUUUGAGAGCACGUGUACCUUGGUCUGUGUAUGUGUGUGUGUGUGUGUGCGCACGCUUGAUCUUGAGACAUUUAUUUAUUUUAUAAUGUUCAUACACAUCAUCACAUCCCGUAUGUUAAGGUUUGAGGUGUUAGGUAAUAUGUUUGUCAUGUCGGGGCUAAAUAUACAAGAUCAUAAAGUGUGUACUGACCCUGGGUGACCUGACCACGGUGUAAUAGUACGAUUAUUGAUUUGAGGAUGCAUUUAGAUUUUGCUGUUUUUAAAAUAGUCCAGCCUUUUUUUUUUUACUGCACUGGGUGUGUUUUGUUUGACAGGUGUUAAAAACUGAAAAAGAAACAAGUCCCAGCUGUUAAAUGUUCAGAAGUAGUAUGUUCUACUUACAGGUGGGUAGAUUGAGGGUUAAAAUACAGGCUCUAUGCAAGGAGGUAAGAUGGUUAAAGAGAGUAACACGUCAUCUACUGUGAUGAUGGGGAUUGCUGAAGUGUUGGUGUUUCAUUUCCUCCACAGUCUUAAGUUUCACACUGCUUUUCUUUUUCACUGGUUCUGUCUUGUGAUUUGAGUUUCCCCCACUCAGUCUCAGUGUGAAUGAGUGUGUCUGUGUGAGAGAGUGAGACCUUGGAUUUUCUCAAACCCCUCUCCCUCUGAGGGACAUCUCUUUUUCUUAAAUCCAAAAAUGGAAACUCUUCUUCAAAUCCAAAACAGCCAGUUUCUGAUGGGCUUGUGUCGCAACGGGCCUCCACCAGAUUUGCAAUACGACUACUCAUCAGAGCUUUUCCGCAUCUCCACUUUUGCUCGAUUCCCACCUUCGGGAGUCACUGAGCGAAGUCUGGCAAGGGCAGGUUGGUUCUACACCGGCGUCAGAGACCGUGUGGAGUGUUUCAGGUGUAACGUGAGGACAGAGGGCUGGCAGGCCGGAGACUGUCCAACAGAGAAACACAGACAGCUCUCUCCUUCCUGUCCCUUCAUCCAGAGCCUCCCCUCCACAUCCAACCUGCUCUCCUCUUCACACUCUGCCUUCUCUCCCCUCCGCAUUGCCCCAGUCUUACCACCUUCUGGUCCAGGUCCAGCUGCUCCAAACCCGACAGCAAGUCAAGGUGAAGAGCCAGUCGGCUACCUAAACAUGGGCUUCUCAGCUCCGCCCCCCUCCAGCCCGCUUAGCUCUCGUGGUGUAGAGGAUAUGUCCCACCAGAGACCAACAUGCCACAACCCCAGCAUGCGCAGAGAGCAGGACCGCCUGGACUCCUUCCAUCCGUGGACACUUUCCAUCAUAACUCCUGCUGAGCUCGCCAAGGCAGGCUUCUACUACCUGGGCCAGGGCGACCGAGUGGCCUGCUUCAGCUGUGGGGGACAGUUGAGUAACUGGGAGCCAGGUGACAGAGCUGUAUCCGAACACCAGAGGCAUUAUCCAAACUGUCGCUUUGUGCGAGGGGACAGAGCCGACAACGUGUCGCUGGCUGGGGCUGCUGGAGCUACGUCUGGAGGAGUAACUUCUCAGCUGUCUGCGGGAGCCCCAGCCCUCACUAAUGUGUCCAAUCCUGCCAUGCAGCAGAGUGAAGAGAGGCUGAUCACCUUCGUCAACUGGCCGUCUCGUAUCCCUGUCCGGCCUGACCAGCUGGCCAAAGCUGGCUUCUACUAUGUCGGUCGUAACGAUGAUGUCAAGUGUUUCUGCUGCGAUGGAGGCCUGCGGUGCUGGGAGUCUGGAGACGAUCCUUGGGUGGAACACGCUAAAUGGUUUCCUCGGUGUGAAUAUUUGCUCCAGGAGAAGGGACAAGAGUUUGUUCACCAGAUCCAGGCUCGCUUCCCUCGGCUCUUUGAGCAACUUUUAACAAAUGGAGACAGCAGCUCCAGAGAGUUUGUGGAUCCACCAGUGGUACAUCUGGGCCCAGGAGAGGAGCGGUCCGAGGACGCCGUCAUGAUGAACACCCCUGUCAUUAAGUCUGCAUUAGAGAUGGGCUUUGAGCGAAGUCUAGUCAAGCAGACAGUUCAGAGCAAGAUCCUGACCAGUGGAGAGAACUACAGGACAGUCCAGGAGCUGGUUUCAGACUUGCUGAGUGCCGAGGACCAGAAAAGGGAAGAGGAGCGAGAGAUGCUGGCGGAGGCGAUGGCAUCCGAUGGUUUCACGUUCGUGAAGAGGCACCAGGCAGCGUUGAUCCAGCGUCUGAAGAGUGUCGAGCCAGUGCUUGAGCACUUAAGAGAGCAGAAUGUGUUAUCCACAGAGGAGUUCAGCGGCCUCAAGGCUCAGACGUCUGCCCAGCAGCAAACUGCCAGGCUGAUCGAGCUCAUCCUCACCAAGGGAAACGCUGCGGCCGAAGUCUUCCGCAACUGGAUCCAGAAAAAUGAUGUCCACCUGCUCAGAGAUCUUAUGGCCCAAUCAAAUGAAGCUGCCUCACCAAGCCAAGAUCUUUCAGAUCUCCCCAUGGAGGAGCAGCUGCGGCGCCUGCAGGAGGAGCGUACAUGCAAGGUGUGUAUGGAUAAAGAAGUCAACAUAGUCUUCAUCCCAUGCGGACACCUGGUGGUGUGUAAGGAGUGUGCGCCAUCACUGCGAAAGUGCCCAAUCUGCAGAGGAAUGGUUAAAGGCACGGUCCGAACCUUCCUCUCAUAACCAGAGGCUGUAAGCCGUGCCCCCUCAGUCUCAUGUGCCACAAAGAAGUGAUUGAAUGUAAGCAAUAUGACAGAGAUCUAUAUUUAUUGUAAAUAGCAGAAAAUUUGUUGUGCAUUCUUUUUUUUUUAAGUCUGUGACUCAUCAGUUCAUGUUGAGAUAUUUUAGUUUCUGCAUCAUCUGUCUUAACCAGAUAACGCACACAUAACUAUAUCUGAUCACAUUACACUUUGGCUUUGCAUUUUAUAUCUGUAUCUGAUCUAUUAAAUAUACAACUUUAUGGCUUGGUGAUAUGUUUACUACUAAUAACAUACCUGCUGUCAGUAAAUAUCACUAAAAAGGGUAGAGUCAGUGUUCAUCACAAACUGUCAGUUAUUCAUUAAACUGAAAAAUAAACCAUUUUGCUCCUGAAAUUACACAUUAUGUAACAUGGUUCCAUUUGACAGACAGCAAUUAAAUGAAUAAUCAGAGGUAGCAAAGCUAUGGUUGUGUGUCAAUUAGAAGCAACAUCUACUGUCAGUCGUUACAGAAAUAGCUAAAGGUCUGAUUUUGACUUGGUGUUGAGUCAUGUGUCUGAAUCUAAAAAAUAAAGUGUCUCAGAAACUCAA